AUGCGUGGCACCCCUGGAGCAAAAGGAGCACCAGGCAUUCCUGCCAGAUUACCUUGUGAACCAUUGCAGGACCUAAAAAAAUAUUGUCCAGAGAAAUGCCCGCAAGGAUUGCAAGGGCCGCCAGGGCAAAUGGGGGCAAUGGGUGAUAAUGGAAAUAAAGGACCACCGGGAUUGCAAGGAAAGAAUGGGGAUGAUGGUAAAACAGUAAAUAAUUAA